AUGGCAUCUUCACCUGACGAAAAGGCCUUCGUUGAAAGUUGUCGCGAUUUUGGAAUCGUCUAUCACGGCAUUGAUUCAGCAGGAUUUCAUAUUGUAACUGUGUUUGAUCGCUCUGGAACAAGGUAUCGUGUCCUCGAUAGUCUGGAAUUUGACUCCAAUCGAAAAUGCAUGUCGGUGAUUCUGCAAUCUGUUCAAGAUGAUGACGUCAGCUCGACGGCUUUUGACCCAAAGAGAGGAGUGGUGAUUCUCUGCAAAGGAGCGGAAACGAGCAUUCUUCCAAGAUGUGGUGAUAUCAGUGAUAUGCCCCUGCCUCCACAGUCCGAUGUAGAAUCAGCUAAAGGCGAUCUUCUCAUCUCCGGUCUUUUCCGUAAUCAAGAGGCUCUCAAGAAGUUCGCCCUCUCUCCAAAAUAUGUUCUGGCCCGAGUGACGGAUUUCGCCUCCGCAGGUCUGCGAACUCUAGUCAUGGGGGCUCGUUACUCACCUCCUGAGGAGUGGUCACAGCUAAAAUCCCAACUCGAUGCAGCUCGAAAAAAAUUGGAUGGACGAGAUGAGGCUCUUUCGGAGGCCUUCAAGAAGAUUGAGCGACAACUCGUUCUGGUUGGGUGCACUGGAAUAGAAGAUAAGCUACAGGAUGGCGUGCGUGAAACACUCAUUGCACUGAGAAAUGCAGGAAUCCAGAUCUGGAUUCUGACUGGCGACAAGGAGGAAACAGCUGUUAAUAUUAGUUACUCAGCCGGCCACUUCACCCCAGGUCUACCAACAGUUCGGGUGACUCAGCAGAACAGUCUUCGAGAGUGCAUAGAAACCAUCAAUAUGCAGAUAGAACGCGUGAAAGAAUCUCAAAAUAUGCACUCUGAUUACGCCUUCGGUGUGGUUGUCGAUGGACAGUCUCUUAAUUUUGCCUUAACGUCUGUUCUACGGGAGCAAUUCCUGUAUAUCUGCAAACUGGCCAACUCUGUCUUAUGCUGCCGUUUAACUCCGAUUCAGAAAGCCGAAAUUGUGCGAAUGAUGAAAUCCAGUCGUACACCUAGUCCAGUCUGUUGCGCCAUUGGCGAUGGGGCCAACGAUGUGUCUAUGAUUCUGGAAGCUCAUGUCGGAAUUGGUCUCUUCGGGAAAGAAGGUCGUCAAGCUGUACGAUCCUCCGACUAUGCUCUUGGAAAGUUCAGAUUCUUGAAAAGAGCUCUCCUAUUUCACGGUUUCCACUACUAUGUACGAACAGCAAAUCUUGUGCAAUAUUUCUUUUACAAGAAUGUCGUUUUCACCCUUACGCAAAUUCUCUUUGGAUUCUUCUCCCUAUUUUCCUCUCAGAGUAUUUAUACUAAUCUCUAUCUUCUAAUCUACAACAUUACCAUGACAUCCAUUCCUAUCAUUUUUUACGGUAUCUUUGAGCAGAGACUUCCUGAAACAGUCCUGAUGACCGUUCCAAAUAUUUACAUGACAAUAUCUAAGAAUAGGUACCUUUCUUGGAAGAAUUUCUUCAUAUGGAUGGGCCUCUCAGUUUGGCAUGGAAUUGUGAUCUUCUUUGGAACGUACUUUCUUGCAGCGGAGGGGGUUUCAAACGGUGGGAACGAAGGAAAUGCAAUGGGAGUCUUGGAGGGCUUUGGAUCCUUUAUGAUCAACUGUGUUUUUAUUGGAGUGACAAUAAAACUAGUCCUAGUGAGCUAUCAUUUCAAUCUGUUCUUGAUAGCUUCGGUUGUUGGCACUCUUAUUGUCAACUUUUGCAUCUUCAUCUUGGCGAAUUAUGUCUCUCUUCCAAUUGGCGACGGUGGUGCUCUGAGAGGAGUCUGGACUAGACUUGGGGCUGGAAUUGGGGCAUUCGUCUCCUACCUAGCUCUUUUCGUCCUCUUUGGACUCUGUUUUGUACCUGACGUCCUCUAUCGAUUAUUUAUUGACAUAAAGACCGAGCACUAUCUCGAUAGUGUGGUAAAGUCUAACGAAACGCCCGUUGAAUCCACCAACUCUUUCAAUGGAGAUCAUUUUGGAGCGUAUUACGGAAGUCUGAUGAAUAUGGUUAAGCAGCAAAAGCAAUCCGAUCAAAUGCAAGUAGAUCCCUCGAGCGCUUACUUGCGACGUAUUCAAAAGAAUCAGAUUGCACCAAGCAACAAUUGGUGUUUCCCUCCACCUGACUACCCAGGAGCAACUAGUUCUGUGACGAUGCACGCCUCUGAUAUUAUUCGAACCGAUGAUUCCUACUACAUCCCCAGACCCACAAAUUCAUCUGAUUAUCGAAAAACCAGCCCGCAUUCCUUUUUGCAAAGUACUUCUUGA